GAAAUAUUGGUCCUUACAGUUUGCUGAGAGAAGAUGAUGUUUCCAGAACGAAGCAGCAAUCCAAAAUAGCUUUCAUACAGCUGGUGGAUCAUUUGCUGAAUGGUGGGGCCAGGUUUCUGGAGAGGUAGUGGGUUUAGGUGUCCUGAAAGAAAAACACACUUGGCUUUUCUCUUUGGUUUUGAGUGUAGCUUAAAGUUCCUCCUUAACUGGUGUGAUCACAUUGCACUAAAUUCUUGCCUAAAGUUUUUUGCUUUUAGAUAGGUAAUUCAUUUUGGAAGUAAAAUUCAAACUGGCAAGAUAUCGCUUUGUAGAGCAUUGGCAUUAAUAGUGCAGUCUGCAAGAAAUGAAACUGAGUGGUGGUGUUAGAUCAUUUAUUUAAAAACCAAAGGAAAUGGGGCUAAGGAGAAGUCUGCAAACUUAGUUAUCGAUGCUACAAGGAUUGAUCAGGUGGGUUACGUUUAGAAGCAUUAGAAUAUGGAAUUGCCACUAGGAACUGUUGCUGCUUGAACUAGUUAGUAAUGAAAAUUCAACAUGGGACUUGACAUUCACACCAUUUUCUUGUCACCUGUUUGUUGCACAUGUUGUGCAGAUUUACAGUUGCGAUCUUGACUAAAUUUAUUCUCUAUAAAUUUCCCUUGAGGAGUAGGAGCAGUAUUACUGCUUGUAGUACAUGUUUCAGUGUGCUGUUAAGAUGGAGAUUCAUUACUUGGGUAAGUACAACAGGGGUGUGUUGUUAGGUUAAAAAGUCUUCUAAAAUGUUUUUUCUUGCUUUUUGAACCUUUUAAAAGUUUGCCUUGUUUCCUGUAAUGAGAAUAACAAUAAUUGUUUUCUUGGUAUUGUUUCACAGUAAUAAUUAAUUAAUGAUAAUAGCUUGUGGUAAUUAUGAAACACUUGGACAACCUGUUGGGUGCACUGUUAAUUACCAGAAUGUUGAAGUAUUAAGGUUUUAACAGAACCAGGUUCCCCCAAGAAGAGCUUCUGUCAUUGUUUCACUACAGGGCCCAGUAGCUGCUCUUAUCUUUAGCAGAGAACUUACAGCAGGGUUGUCCCUAAUUUCUUUAGAAUAAUUGUAUCUAUUUGUCAGAGCCAAACUGCUGAAUGGGAGGAAACGUCAAUAGUCUGGGUUUUCAGGUUCCAAUUCAUGCUCAAUUUGGAUGCAUUCAAGUUAUCCUUCGAACAUUUGCCUAUAUCCAGUCAAAAUUGGACUGCUCUCUGAAUGAGGAAAGUGCCCUUUUGGGUUCCAUCACUUGGAAUGAAAGAUGAGUCAUUACCACCCUCCCCAUAGUGAUACACCUAUGCUGUCUCCUCUGAAGUAUCAGUGCUUUCUUGUACUGAUGCACCUUUUCAGUCACAUUGAAAUGAGAAGGGAGAUCUGGAAAAGCACUUAGCUUGUCCACAUGUAUUGGUGGAAAUUACCAAAAUGGAGUUAAACAUUUUCCCAAACUUUAAAAUUCUGAAUUGAACUUCCCUGACAUUGGAAUGCUAGUGGAAAUGGCGUAGUGGUGGUCUCACUAAUAAGCAUUGUGAUGGUUAUAACUGAGAGGGGUGCUUAUUGGAUUUCAUAUCUGGGCUUUUUGCUAUCCUUCAGGAGUCCUGCACAUCUGGCACAAUUUCUAACCUUGUAGCCUGUUCAGAGACAGCUUAUUGUCCUGUGUCAGAAUACCUUCUAAUAACCAUCAGAAUGCACUAGUGCAGGUGAGAUGCUUCUCAUCUCCAGUUGAUACAGUUGCUGCCAUUUAACCAGCUGCUAAACCUUUUAUGUUCAGAUGGAGGGGAGAGGCAAAGACUAUUUCUAAUUUACUAAACAAAAUCAGUUUAACUCCAGGCCUGAACAAUUUGUAUGUUUGCUCAGAACUAGCCUUCCUGUUUGGGAGAUGGGGAAACUUGCUAUCUUAGUGGAGUACAGCUUGACCGUUCAGACAGUUAUUGGAGGGGGGAGUGGUAAGCUGUUUGAGGUAAGUUUCCCACUCUUCUAGUUCCGCUCCAGUCGCAGCUUGCUUUGUGCUGUCAGAUACUGGAUGUGGGUGGGGAAUCUUUCUCUGUAGUGGAACCAAUGACAGAAGCUGUUCUUUAGAAUUUUCAGGAUGGCUGUAUUCUGCGAUCAGAAUGAGACAGUCAAGCUGGUCAGAAUCCAACGCCAAGAGUAAAGCAUUGUCUUUUAUCUCAUCACGGGAGAUGCUGAUUCUAUAGAACAGUGCUGAAAAGUUGCACUUAAAAGGUUUUGGGAGGAAAGAGACCCCAGGAAACAUCUGCUAUCUUUACACACCUUCCCUUGGAGACUUUCAGCAGUGCUGUGGGGUGUGAGAAAAUGCAUGCUGUGCUGCGAUCAUGCUGAGUUACAGCUCGUGAGGAAAAGGGGGGCUUUUGACUCCCACUACUCAGUGACUCAGUUGUGUAUGUUGGAUUGAAAACAGGAAAAGAAGCCAAUCUUCUCACUAGUAACUGCAAACCAACUGUAUGCAGUUGUGGCCAAAACAGUUGAUGUAAAGCUAAAUGUAAGUGAGGAAAAAGCUGGAAUACAGUAGUUCUGUGAAUGUGAGCUCCUCACAUUUGAUCAGGGACUAGUGUGUAAAUUUCUCGAUGGGCCAUUCCAGAACCUGAUGGACAUCUGGCUUUAAUUCGCACUUCGAAAGUGAAUAAGCAAAACUAUAUACAGCAUGUUUCCUUGGUUCUGGGAUACAGAAUCAGCCACUUCAGGACAAAUGCAUUCAGCCUCCAUUUUUAUCUGUUGUUCGGUGCUGGGCUGUAGCUGCUGUUACCUUUGCUGAAGUAGUGCCUUUUUGUUUUUCUUCCUUGCUCACGCUAUGCAGAACUCUUAUUUGCAAAACCUGUUUUAGCCAAGAGGACUUCAACAGACUGUGAAAGGCUUUCCAAAUCAUUUCUUUGAUCUCACAUUUUUGGCAUUUUGUUGUAUUGUGGGCAAAGGUAAUUCUCAGCUCUGUAUUAAAGUACCAACGUCUAACCGUAUAAAGACCAACGUCUUUAAGCAUCUUUGUUGAAAAGCCUUCUUUAGGGAAUCUCCAUUUGUUAGCUGUGAGGCCUUACUGUAGCAUACCUCUUAAACCAAAUUUCAGAAUCCAUGCACCCUCAGGAGCCUGCCUGACUAGCACCUCAAGUUUCACUCCCUCUCGGACUUUGUGAACAUAUAUCGGGUUCUGUUUUUGUAUCUUUAAUUUUGUGUGUGUAGUUUUAACUUAGUUUGUGUCAGAGGUUAGACUGUUUGUUAGAUACUAGCCUUUUAUAAUUCUCUUGUAUGUUCAGAUUGUAUGUUCAUGCGAUGCUCUUCCUGUUGUACAGUGUUUGUGAGAUGUUACCCAUUUUAACAUGGCACUUUAUUGUUUUUAAAUAAAAGACUGUUAUUUCGCAGUUGAUAGUAUUUAAUAUUGCUGAUGAAUGUGAUGUAUAUGAUAUACUAUGCCGUUGACUAACACACAACUGGAGGUGGGAAUCGGUGGUUCUUGGGGCUGUCCUGUCUUUCGGCAGGUGGUGAUUGAAAUAUGAUUCCUGAGGUAAAAUAUUUUUGUUUUUGGAGGGGGAAGGUGGGUGGUGGGGCAAAGCAUUUUUUUUUAAUAGUCUGGUUAUCACUUACCUGUGUUUUCUGCAUGUUCUUUUCUUUACUAUUAAACUGCUGAUGUUUAUUUUCAGGAAUGUUUUGCAAAUGUCCUUCUCACUCUUCCCCAGUACAACUGUAGGUACAUUGUUCCUUUUUAUCAAAUAAGCACGUUUGACGCAAACAAAAAAGGUCUUAAUGUCACAUAAAGGAAUGUCUCUUAAUGUGUUCAAAUGUAUAAAUACAGACUAUUUUAAAAAACUUUUUCGGUACGAUAAAGCAUUGCUUUCAACUAACUGACAGAUUUAUGUUAAGUUAGAAGACAUAAAGAAUAAGUUUUUGUUGCAAGGAAUGAGGUUCCAAAUUUAAAUCCCCCAUACCUGCUAAAUUUGACUCUCUGCUUUGCUCUCAGCAGGGCUUUGUGUAACAGUACUGUGUGUUUUGACAAUUUUUAUUUCUAGAAAGAAGAUUCUAUGUAAUACAAAUCGCUCAUUGAAAAACAAAGUAGCCCACUCGUUUCUAACUUAACAUAAGUUGUUGCAUGGUGCCUCUGGUACAUUGGGGUGUUCAUGCGAGUUUGCAUUUCUUCCUGUAGGCGUUCGUUGUGAAACACCUUUUGGAAUACACACAGCAAAGUGAGUCCAACCUGCAGUACAGCUUGUUGUUAGUUUUUGGCAUCCUAAUGACGGAAAUAGUGCGCUCUUGGUCCCUGGCUCUCACCUGGGCUUUAAAUUACCGCACCGGGGUCAGACUGCGGGGAGCUAUCCUGACAAUGGCGUUCAAGAAAAUUCUCCAGCUGAAGAAUAUCAAGGACAAGUCUCUAGGGGAGCUUGUGAACGUAUGUUCCUCUGAUGGGCAGAGAAUGUUUGAGGCUGCAGCAGUUGGCAGUUUGUUGGCUGGUGGCCCAAUUGUUGCCAUCCUAGGCAUGGUUUAUAAUGUAAUUAUUCUAGGACCAACAGGCUUCUUGGGAUCUGCUGUCUUUAUCCUCUUCUACCCGGCAAUGAUGUUUGUAUCGCGGCUCACAGCUUAUUUCAGAAGAAAAUGUGUGGCGGCGACCGAUGAGCGUGUGCAGAAGAUGAAUGAAGUUCUUAACUAUAUUAAAUACAUUAAAAUGUAUGCUUGGGUCAAAGCAUUCUCUCAGAAUGUUCAAAAAAUCCGAGAGGAAGAACGUAAAAUCUUAGAGCGUGCAGGCUACUUCCAGAGCAUCACUGUGGGAGUGGCUCCAAUUGUUGUGAUUAUUGCCAGUGUGGUGACGUUCUCUGUCCAUAUGAUCCUUGGCUAUGAUCUCACAGCAGCUCAGGCUUUCACAGUGGUCACAGUCUUCAAUUCAAUGACAUUUGCUCUGAAAGUAACACCUUUCUCCGUGAAGUCUCUAUCCGAGGCAUCAGUGUCUGUUGACAGAUAUAAGAGUUUGUUUCUAAUGGAAGAGGUUCAUAUGGUAAAGAAAAAACCAGCCAGUCCUCACAUCGCGAUAGAGGUGAAAAAUGCUACCUUGGCGUGGGAGAACUCCCACGCCAGUGUCCAGAGCUCACCAAAGCUGACCCCUAAAAUGAAAAGAGACAAGAAGGUCACCAAGGGCAAGAAGGAGAAAAUGAAGCUACAGCAUGAGGGACCGCAAGCGGUGCUGGCUGAGCAGAAGGGCCAUCUUCUAGUGGAAAGUGAUGACCAUCCUAGCCCUGAGGAAGAGAACAAACACAUCCAUCUAGUUAACUUUCGGCUUCAGAGGACUCUUUACAAUAUCGACCUGGAGAUUGAAAAGGGGAAACUUGUUGGGAUUUGUGGCAGUGUGGGGAGUGGAAAAACUUCACUUAUUUCAGCCAUUUUAGGACAGAUGACCCUGCUGGAGGGUAGCAUUGCAGUGAAUGGAAAUUUUGCUUAUGUGGCCCAGCAGGCCUGGAUUCUCAAUGCUACGCUUAGAGACAACAUCCUUUUUGGAAAGGAGUUUGAUGAAGAAAGAUACAACACUGUGCUGAAUGGCUGCUGUCUGAGACCUGACCUAGCCAUCCUACCUAAUGGGGACCUGACGGAGAUUGGUGAACGAGGUGCUAACCUGAGUGGAGGCCAACGUCAGAGAAUCAGUCUUGCCCGAGCCCUGUAUAGUGACAAGAGUAUUUACAUCCUUGAUGAUCCUCUUAGUGCCUUAGAUGCACAUGUAGGAAACCAUAUUUUUAACAGUGCAAUAAGGAAGCAUCUGAAGUCAAAAACUGUCCUGUUCAUCACCCAUCAGCUUCAGUACCUUGUUGACUGUGAUGAAGUAAUCGUUAUGAAAGAGGGCUGUAUCACUGAAAGAGGAAGCCAUGAGGGACUGAUGAACUUAAAUGGUGACUAUGCGGUGAUUUUUAAUAGCCUGCAGCUGGGAGAGGCACCACACAUUGAGAUUAAUGUAAAGAAGAGCACAAGCAGUUCAUUAAAAAAGCCCCAGGAUAAAAGCAUCAAAGCAGGGUCUGUGAAGAAGGAGAAAGUGGUGAAGGAGGAGGAAGGCCAGCUGAUGCAGCUGGAAGAGAAGGGCAAAGGCUCUGUGCCCUGGUCUGUUUAUGGCACCUAUAUCCAGGCAGCUGGAGGCCCCUUUGCAUUCCUGAUCAUCAUGGCACUCUUUGUGCUGAAUGUGGGCAGCAUGGCAUUCAGCAACUGGUGGCUGAGUUACUGGAUCAAGCAAGGCAGCGGGAACACCACUGUGAUGUUGGGAAAUGAAACUGCUGUGAGCAUCAGUAUGAAGGAUAACCCUCACAUGCGCUACUAUGCUGGCAUCUAUGCGCUCUCUAUGGGAGUCAUGUUGAUUCUGAAAGCUGUUCGUGGGAUUGUCUUUGUCAAGGGAACGCUUAGAGCCUCCUCCAGGCUCCAUGAUGAGCUCUUCCGACGGAUUCUUCGCAGCCCCAUGAAGUUCUUUGACACUACACCCACUGGGCGGAUUCUCAACCGGUUCUCCAGAGAUAUGGAUGAAGUUGAUGUCCGUUUGCCAUUUCAAGCUGAAAUGUUCAUUCAGAAUGUCAUCCUGGUGUUCUUCUGUGCCGGGGUGAUUGCUGGGGUCUUCCCAUGGUUUCUGGUGGCAGUGGGGCCCCUCACCGUCCUCUUCACAAUCCUGCAUGUUGUGUCUAGAGUCUUUAUUCGUGAGCUGAAGCGCCAGGACAACAUCACGCAGUCUCCAUUUCUGUCUCAUAUUACGUCUAGUAUACAGGGUCUCUCCACAAUCCACGCCUACAACAAAAGGCAGGAAUUCCUGCACAGGUACCAAGAGCUGCUGGAUGACAAUCAAGCACCAUUUUACUUGUUCAGCUGUGCAAUGCGCUGGCUGGCCAUACGACUAGAUGUUAUCAGCAUCGCCCUCAUCACGAUUACCGGCCUGAUGAUUGUCUUAAUGCAUGGCCAGAUUCCUCCUGCAUAUGCUGGGCUUGCCAUCUCUUAUGCUGUGCAGUUAACAGGGUUGUUCCAGUUUACAGUCAGACUGGCCACAGAAACAGAGGCUCGCUUCACCUCAGUGGAGAGGAUUGAUCACUACAUCAAGACCCUUUCUCUGGAGGCUCCAGCUCGAAUUAAGAAUAAAGCUCCCCCCCUGGACUGGCCCCAAGAAGGUGAAGUUGUCUUUGAAAAUGCAGAGAUGCGGUACCGAGAGAACCUCCCGCUGGUGCUUAAGAAAGUGUCUUUUACCAUCAAACCCAAGGAAAAGAUUGGCAUCGUGGGGCGGACGGGGUCAGGGAAGUCCUCACUUGGGAUGGCACUCUUUCGUCUCGUUGAACUGUCUGGAGGCUGUAUUAAAAUCGAUGGAGUGAAAAUCAAUGACAUUGGUUUAGCAGAUCUCCGCAGCAAACUCUCAAUAAUCCCUCAGGAGCCUGUGUUAUUCAGUGGAACUGUGAGAUCAAACUUGGAUCCUUUCAACCAGUACAGUGAGGAGCAAAUCUGGGAUGCCUUGGAAAGGACUCACAUGAAGGAGUGUAUUGCUCAGCUGCAAAUGAAACUGGAAUCGGAAGUGAUGGAAAAUGGGGAAAACUUCUCUGUGGGGGAGAGACAGUUACUGUGCAUAGCCAGAGCCUUGCUGCGUCGCUGUAAGGUUUUGAUACUAGAUGAAGCAACAGCUGCUAUGGACACAGAGACGGAUGUACUGAUUCAGGAGACUGUCCGGGAGGCGUUUGCAGACUGCACUAUGCUAACAAUUGCUCACCGCCUGCACACUGUGCUGGGCUCCGAUCGGAUCAUGGUGCUAACACAAGGACAGGUAGUGGAAUUCGACACUCCGUCUGCCCUUCUGUCCAAUGAGAACUCGCGCUUCUAUGCCAUGUUUGCUGCUGCAGACAACAAGGUUGCUGUCAAGGGCUAAAAUUCAGGAUAAAGUCACUUUAAUUUGGAGGGUUCCACUCCCUGCCUGUGGCAGGCCAGCUCCUCCUCUUGCGCCUCAUUCUCAAAGCAGAUUAUUGCCUUUUCAUCUUUUUAAUUUUUAGCACAAUGUGUCAAACACGGAGACUUUUUAAAACCUGUAAGAAUUCUUCCUGUUUUUAUUGUAUUUAUUCCAUAUUCAUAUUACUAAAUUUUUUGUUACUAAAUGCACUCUACAAAUGGCUCAGGGAGCCAUAGUUAUAAAUGUAUCAGAGGCCUAUAAUGAAGCUUUAUACAUGUAGCUAUAUCUAUACAUAAUUCUGUACAUAGCCUAUAUUUACAGUGGAAAUGUAAGCUGUUUAUUUUAUAUUAAAAUGAGCACUGUAUUAAUAACAGUGCAUAUUCUUUUCUAUAA